AUGGAGAUGCGUCGCAUCGAGGCAGUGGUGGAGUGGCACAAGGAGCCCUGCACAAGGGGCAGUGUCCGCUGUUGGAAAGCAUCUACUCGGCACAAGCCACUGCCAGCACACCCUGCCCACGGACGAGGCUCUUUCCAACCUUAUGCUCCUCUGAGCCAGCAGCCCCGGACGCAGUUUGACGGCAGCUGCAGUCUGGUGAGGAAGAGGCGAGGCAGGUGGGAAGACGUCGGGAUGGAGAUGCGUCGCAUCGAGGCAGUGGUGGAGUGGCACAAGGAGCCCUGCACAAGGGGCAGUGUCCGCUGUUGGAAAGCAUCUACUCGGCACAAGCCACUGCCAGCACACCCUGCCCACGCGGAGCCACGCCUGUCCCGCCAGCUGCUGCCCGAGCUCUACACGUUUGUGAUGCGCGUCCUGUUCUACCUGGCGCCCGUCUACCUCGCCGGCUACCUGGGGCUCAGCAUCACCUGGUUGCUGCUUGGCGCCCUGCUGUGGAUGUGGUGGCGCCGGAACCGCCGCGGGAAGCUCGGGCGCCUGGCGGCCGCCUUCGAAUUCCUGGACAACGAGCGCCAGUUCAUCAGCCGCGAGCUGCUGGGCCAGCACCUGCCGGCCUGGAUCCACUUCCCGGACGUGGAGCGGGUCGAAUGGGCCAACAAGAUCAUCUCCCACAUCUGGCCCUACCUGAGCAUCAUUAUGGAAAACAAGUUCCGGGAGAAGCUUGAGCCCAAGAUCCGGGAGAAGAGCAUUCACCUGAGGACCUUCACCUUCACCAAGCUCUACUUUGGACAAAAGUGCCCCAGGGUCAACGGUGUCAAGGCACACACCAGCAAGCACAACCGGAGACAGGUGGUCCUGGACCUGCAGAUAUGCUACAUUGGGGACUGUGAGAUCAGCGUGGAGCUUCAGAAGAUACAGGCUGGCGUGAACGGGAUCCAGUUGCAAGGCACACUGCGGAUCAUCCUGGACCCCCUCCUGGUGGACAAGCCCUUCGUGGGAGCCGUGACCGUGUUCUUUCUUCAGAAGCCGCACCUGCAGAUCAACUGGACAGGCCUGACCAACCUGCUGGAUGCACCAGGGAUCAACGAGAUGUCAGACAGCCUGCUGGAGGACCUCAUCGCCGCCCACCUGGUGCUGCCCAACCGUGUGACUGUGCCCGUGAAGAAGGGCUUGGAUGUGACCAAUUUGCGCUUCCCUCUGCCCUGUGGGGUGAUCAGAGUCCACUUGCUGGAGGCGGAAAAGCUGGCCCAGAUGGACCACUUCCUGGGGAUCCGAGGCAAGUCGGACCCCUAUGCCAAGGUGAGCAUUGGCCUGCAGCAUUUCCGGAGCAAGACCAUCUACAAGAACCUGAACCCCACCUGGAACGAGGUGUUUGAGUUCUUAGUGUAUGAAGUCCCUGGGCAAGACCUGGAGGUGGACCUGUAUGACGAGGAUACUGACAGGGACGACUUCCUGGGCAGCCUGCAGAUCUGCCUCGGGGAUGUCAUGACGAACAGAGUGGUGGAUGAGUGGUUUGUCCUGAAUGACACCACCAGUGGGCGGCUGCACCUGCGGCUGGAGUGGCUUUCACUGAUCGCUGACCCUGAGGCUCUGACUGAGGACCAUUCCGGCCCUUCCACUGCCAUCCUCGUGGUCUUCUUGGAUAGCGCCUGCAACCUGCCGAGAAACCCUUUUGACUACCUGAAUGGCGAAUAUCGAGCCAAAAAACUCUCCAGGUUUGCCAAGAAUAAGGUCAGCAGAGACCCUUCUUCCUAUGUCAAGCUAUCUGUAGGCAAGAAGACUUACACGAGCAAGACCUGUCCCCGCAGUAAGGACCCUGUGUGGAGCCAGGUGUUCUCCUUUUUUGUGCACAAUGUGGCAUCUGAGCAGCUGCAUCUCAAGGUACUGGAUGACGACCAAGAGUACGCUCUCGGGGUGCUGGAGUUGCCUCUGUGCCAGAUUCUCCCCUACGCAGACCUGACCCUUGAGCAGCGCUUUCAGCUGGACCACUCGGGGCUGGACAGCCUCAUCUCCAUGAGGCUGGUGCUUCGGUUCCUACGCGUGGAAGAACGAGAGAUGGGGAGCCCAUAUACAGGACCUGAAGCCCUAAAGAAAGGCCCUCUGCUCGUUAAGAAGGUGGCCACCAACCAAGGUCCCAAAGCUCCUCCCCAGGGAGAGGGUCCUGCAGAUUUGCCAUGCCCCCCAGACCCUGCUUCUGAUCCCAAGGAAGCCUCCAAGAGCACCACGACAACCACCAGCGCCACCACUGCUGCCACCGAGCCCACACUCCAAGAGACAGGCCCAGAGCCGAAAGGCAAGGACAGUGCCAAAGGUUUCUGUGAGCCCAUGGGGGAGAAGAGGAGUUCGGCCACCAUCUUCCUGACUGUCCCAGGCCCCCACUCUCCAGGGCCCAUCAAGUCACCCAGACCCAUGAAAUGCCUUGCCUCCCCAUUCGCAUGGCCGCCCACGAGGCUGGCUCCCAGCAUGUCCUCGCUCAACUCCCUGGCCACCUCCUGCUUUGACCUGACAGAUAUCAGCCUCAACACUGAAGGCAGGGAUUUCAGGCAUCGGAGGCUGGGCGAGAUUCAGCUAACAGUGCGUUAUAUCUGUCUGCGGCGCUGCCUCAGCGUGCUAAUCAACGGCUGCAGAAACCUGACACCCUGUACCACCAGUGGAGUUGAUUCUUAUGUCCGUGUCUACUUGCUGCCAGAAAGGAGGUGGGUGAGUCGUAAGAAGACCUCAGUGAAGCGCAAGACCGUGGAACCCCUGUUCGAUGAGACAUUUGAAUUUUUUGUUCCCUUGGAAGAAGUACAGAAGAGGUCACUAGACGUCGCAGUGAAAAACAGUAGGCCACUUGGCUCACACAGAAGGAAGGAACUAGGAAAAGUACUGAUCGAUUUAUCAAAAGAAGAUCUGAUUAUGGGUUUCUCACAAUGGUAUGAGCUCACUCCAGAUGGACAGCCCAGAAGUUGAUGAUGAGCAACAUUAUCACCUUUAUAUUAAAAUGUGUACAUAUGUAUAUUUUGUAAUUUAAUUCAGAACAGCCAUCUGAAAAAAUAUAUACAUACAUUGUUGUAUGAAUUUUACUGAAUGACUGGAUAGUAUUAGGAAGAGGUAAACAUAAGUGAAAGCAAGAACUACUCUCUCUUGGUUGGAUUUAAUUGUUCAAAUCCCGAAAGAAAUGGGGUAUUCGUGGCUAAUAAAUUAUUAGAAACUCAGUGGUGAUUUUUCACUUUAAAAA